AUGAGAUUCGACUUGGGACUUUCUGUCAACUUGGCUCUGACUUUGGCUACUACGGCCGCUGCCAAUAGAGUUCGCACUGUUUACCAAUUCAGGUCAAAUGAUACCUGGCUAGAGAAUGUGGCUACGCGCUCAAACGGAAUAGUCUUGGCUACAGAAAUUGGGCCUCCCGCCAAUCUGCUGGCCUUUGACCCGAGCGAGAAACACCCUCACAAAGUGGUCAUUAGGGACUUCACCAGUGUCUUGGGACUGUCUGGUAUUGCCGAAGGCGCGCACGACGUGUUCUACGUUGCUGGCGCUAACACCACCUCCGAUAACAUUAGCGACCCACCUACCAACGCUACCCAUGUUUGGAGAGUUGACUUCAACCACAACGAACAACACCCCAAGAUUGAUCUCCUAUGUCGUCCACAAGCACCGACGGGUUUCAAUGGGUUGACUGCCAUGAACGAGACGAUCCUACUUGCUAGUGCAAGUUACCAAGACUCCAUCUUCGCCAUCAACGCGGAAACAGGUUACACCUGGGAGGCUAUCAAGCAGGAAAGCAAAAUGUCCAUGAUCAAUGGCAUCAAGGUCUCUGACGGCUUCGUCUACUGGUCUGCGGGUGGUGCGCUCUAUCGUGCAGAGUUGCAUGAUAACGUCACUGCUAGUACAGGUCAAAUGAUUUACCAAGCUACCGCUAUUGACGACUUUGCUAUCUCUCCAAAUGGAUUUUCUCUCAACAGCACUUAUGGUUCAGAAUACAAAUUCGCCUAUCUUGCUACCGCUUCCGAGAACUCUGUUGAACAGGUGAUUUUCACCAAGAAUGGAACUUUUGUGGGCGCCCAGAUCAUCGCCGGCGCUGUUGAUUCUACUGAAGUCGCAGAGCCCACUGGUGUCUUCUUCGGACGUGGAGAGGAUGAAAUCAAUAAAAUAUUCGUGGUCACUGGAGGUGGUAGUGCUGUCAACGUUGAUGUGAAUGGGACUGACGUGGCAGUCGGUGCUCAACUCUUGGAAAUCCGAUUGAAAUGAAGCAAAGGAAGUCACUUCCAUCCAGACCUAUCUCAAAUUUAUAACUGAGGUACUACCGUGGUAGACCUUAGGAUUUCUCACAUCAAG